CAACUCCAUAAGCACUAGCAGUAAGCCAGUAACGAGCCACAAAAUCAUAGCACCCAUGGUCUAUAAAUACGCCUUUUCUCCAUCCUCCAAUCCUCAAUUCAAACUGCUUUCGUCUCUCUCUCUAUAUUCCAGUCGACGAUGAGUUCGAGUACGGCCUCAGUUCCGCUACGGCCGGUGGAGAUGUUCUUCUUCCCCUUUGUUGGAGGCGGCCACCAGAUUCCCAUGGUCGACAUGGCUCGUGUCUUCGCCGCCCACGGGGCCAACUCCAUCAUCCUAGCCGCCCCUUCUGCUGCACCUUCCUUCCAGAAAUCCAUCGCCGGCGACCAGAGAUCCGGCCGCCCCAUCAAGGUUCACACUCUCCAGUUGCCGGAAAACGCCGUCUCCCCCGACUCUGACAUGUCCGCUGCUCCUUUCACUGACACCUCAGCCCUCCAGCAGCCGCUCAGGGAGCUCCUGCUCGAGAGGAAACCCGACUGCAUCGUCGUCGACAUGUUCCACCGCUGGUCCGGCGAGGUGAUCGACGCGACUGGUGUGCCGAGGGUCGUCUUCAACGGGAGCGCUUGCUUCCCUCGGUGUGCGAUGGAGAUGAUGAAGAUCUACAAUCCUCGAGAGGGGUUAAGUUCGGAGUUCGAGCCCUUUCUAAUUCCAGGACUUCCCGAUAAAAUCGUAAUGACUGAGUCUCAGCUCCCGCAUUUCGACAAAGGCCCCCCUGGUGGAGGAAAUCGGCCCCGGGGCGCCAAAAUGGGGGGACCCGAUAAGAGCCAGUUUGGUGUUGUAGUGAAUAGCUUCUAUGACUUGGAACCGAAAUAUGUGGACCUCUUCAGGAAUGAACUGGGCACCCGGGCUUGGGUUGUGGGACCAGUUUCGCUCUGUAACCGGGAUGUCAAGGAUAAGGCUGUGAGAGGAAAAGAGUCCUCCAUUGAUGAGGAAACUUGCUUGAACUGGCUUGAUUCGAAGGAGCCCAAUUCAGUUCUUUAUGUAAGUUUUGGGAGCUUGGUCCGGAUGGCCCCAAUACAGAUCCUGGAAUUGGCUCAUGGGCUCGAGGCUUCGGGCGAAAGCUUUGUCUGGGUAGUUGGGAAAAUCUCCAGUUCUGAUGGAAAUGGAGAGAAAUCUCGAGAUGUUGAUUGUCUUCCUGACGGAUUUGAGGAGAGGAUGAGAGAAUCAAAACGAGGUUUGAUUAUCAGGGGAUGGGCUCCUCAGCUGUUGAUCUUGGAACAUCCUUCUGUGGGGGGAUUCAUGACACACUGCGGAUGGAACUCGACCUUGGAGGGGGUGAGUUCGGGUGUUCCGAUGAUUACUUAUCCUGUCUCUGCAGAGCAGUUUUAUAAUGAGAAGCUGAUCACUGAUGUGCUGGGGAUCGGGAUAAAGUCCGGGAGUAUCGAGUGGUCGUCGGGGAAAGAGCCGAAGAAACCGGUGAGGCGGGAGAAGGUAGAAGCGGUUGUGAGAGAGCUGAUGGCUGGUGGUGCUGAGGCGGCAGAGAUGAGGAGAAGGGCCAAAGAGCUUGGGGAGAAGGCCAGGAGGGCUGUUGAGAAAGGGGGAUCAUCCUAUGCCGAUGCUGAAGCUCUGAUCGAGGAGCUCCGGCGUCACAAAAGGAAUUGAAUUUCGAGAUGGGGAGUUGGUGGAAAAUAUCUCAGACAGACUCAGAUCUGCUGCAUCUUUGGAACUCACUGAAAUUAAAGUCGAAGUAGGAAGAUGUUGCACUGAUAAUGUUAAUCUCGUUCCCCUAGGAGUUUCUUGGAAUGCAAACAUUAUGUUUAUCAAGCUUAAAGGUUAUGCAGUCACUAAUCUUCAGGUGGAAAUAUGAUAUUAAAAUCAACAUUGCUUAUCCAUUAUGUAUAAUUGGUUCUGCUGAA